AUGGAGUUGUCCGGGGGCCCUGGUAUGGCAGGGCCCAGCAACGUCCCUGCUUUCCUGACCAAGCUGUGGACCCUAGUGAGCGAUCCGGAAACAGACGCGCUAAUCUGCUGGAGCCCGAGUGGGAAUAGCUUCCAUGUUUUUGACCAAGGCCAGUUUGCCAAGGAGGUGCUGCCAAAGUACUUCAAGCACAACAACAUGGCCAGCUUCGUUCGGCAACUCAAUAUGUAUGGUUUUCGGAAGGUUGUCCACAUUGAACAAGGGGGCCUUGUAAAGCCGGAGAAAGAUGACACAGAAUUUCAGCACCCAUACUUUAUCCGGGGCCAGGAGCAGCUCCUAGAGAACAUCAAGAGGAAAGUGACCAGUGUCUCCAGUAUAAAGCAUGAGGAUAUAAAGGUCCGACAGGACAAUGUCACCAAGCUGUUAACAGAUGUUCAGAUGAUGAAGGGCAAACAGGAGAGUAUGGACUCAAAGCUCAUGGCCAUGAAACAUGAGAAUGAAGCCCUAUGGAGAGAGGUGGCCAGUCUUCGGCAGAAGCACGCCCAACAGCAAAAAGUAGUCAACAAGCUGAUCCAGUUCCUAAUUUCUCUGGUCCAGUCCAACCGUAUCCUGGGGGUGAAGAGGAAGAUCCCCCUGAUGUUAAAUGACAGCAGCUCGGCACAUUCCAUGCCCAAGUACAGCCGCCAGUACUCCUUAGAGCACGUCCACGGCUCCUCUCCUUACACGGCUUCUUCCCCAACCUAUAGUGGCUCCAACCUAUACUCCUCAGACUCGGCAGCCAAUAGUGGACCCAUCAUUUCAGAUGUCACAGAGCUGGCCCAGUCCAGCCCCUCGGCCUCCCCCAGUGGCAGCGUGGAUGAGAGGAUCAGCCCAAUGAUACGAAUCAAGGAGGAGCCUCCCAGCCCACCACGAAGCCCCCAGAUCGAGGAGAUCAGCCCGAGCCACCCCCCCUCGGUGGUGGAGACGCCCCUGUCCCCUUGCACCUUCAUCGACUCCAUUCUUCAGGAGAGUGAGCCCAGCACUGCCGCCUCUGUCUCUGGCACGGUGGGGGGGGCCAUCUCCCCUCCACCCCCUGGCCCCCUCCAGACUCCUGAGAAGUGCCUCAGCGUGGCCUGCCUCGACAAUUUGACUCGCACUCCACAGAUGUCUGAGGUCAGCCGCCUCUUCCCCAGCCCUGCCUCUUCCUCUCUGCAUUGCCGAUCACAGCCAGGAAAUGAGCUUAGUGAGCACCUGGAUACCAUGGACUCCAACCUGGACAACCUACAGACCAUGCUAACCACCCACGGCUUCAGUGUAGAUACCAGCGCCCUCCUAGAUCUCUUUAGCCCCUCAAUGUCUGUGACAGACAUGAGCCUGCCUGACCUGGACAGCAGCCUGGCCAGUCCCCUCACUCCCCACCCCCUACAGAUCCAGGAUCUCCUCUCCUCCCAGGAGCAACCAAAGCCUCUGGAGACUGAGACAGGUGGUGCAGACUCAGGGAAGCAGCUGGUGCACUACACAGCCCAGCCCUUGUUCCUGGUAGACUCCAGCACUUUGGAUACAACAGGGAAUGACCUGCCUAUCUUCUUCGAACUGGGGGAGGGGCCUUACUUCUCGGAGGGGGAUGACUACAGUGAUGAUCCCACCAUCUCCCUGCUGUCUGGCUCUGAGCCCACCAAGGCCAAGGACCCUGCCGUCUCCUAAGGCCCCUCUUCCUCUGGGAGGGGGAUGAUCCAGGCAUCAGGGUCCCUCUCCCUCCCUUGCCAGCCUUCCUGAGGGUGGGAGAGGGACACUGUCCCUUGUGUUUGUGCUCAGAGAAGUUGCCAGAAAUCUAAAUUGGGGCCAGACAAGCCUGGUGGAGGGAACCUGGCAACAGAUAGGACCCAGGCCAUAAUUAAGGGGCCACCCAUCUGAGCAAGGGGAGAGUGUGCACCCAAGGGGCUGUUCUGGACAGAGCUUGGUAUAAUGGAGGCAGCCCCAGGUGAGCAGAGGUCAACAGGAGAAAGGACCCGACCCCAACACCAUGCAUGCCAUGGGGUGGGAUCCUGCCCAUCACCUCUCACAUUUUCCUGUGGCUCCACUGGGCAGCAACUCAGGCUUGCCCCACUCCCCAUCCCUGGCUCCGUAUGUUCUCCUGUUGGUUGGUUUGGGGUUUUCUCGGUUACACUUUGUACUGACCCCGCUGAUUGUUGAUAGAAUUGUAUUUUGGAUUUUUACACGAGAGAAGUUUCUACUUCUCCCCCUAUAUAGAGAAUAUAUAUAUAUAAUAUAUAUAUAUAUAUAUAUAUAUAUAUAUAUAUACACAUACAUACAUACAUACAUAUAUAUAUAUAUAUGAAGACAGACAUCUAUAAACAGAGAGGCUAUAUGGUUGUGGUUUCUCAGCUAAUGGGGACUGUUAUCCCUGGCAUUCAGGGGAGAGUUACACUGAAUUUGGAUUGUGUUGAGGCUGCUAAGUUGAUUUCUGUAUUUGAGGAGGGAGGUCAGGAAGGAAAAGAGGCAGCAGGAGCUGGCCUCUGGGCUGGGGACCAUACCCAAAUGAAGGGGCCCUCUGUUGAGCAGGGGAAGCUGCCGAGUCCUUAUGGAUUUGUCUGUGCUCCCUUUGUAGUGGGGUGUUUGAAGGGGUGACCUAGGACCCUCCCACCCCAGGAUUAUACAGUUUAGAACAGGAAGCAACCAGAAAUUUUUUUAAUCCAAUCCCUUUUUGUAGGUGAGGAACCAAGCCCAGAAAGGUUAAGAGAGCAUCAUGUCAUGGAAAUAACAGUGGAUUAUUUGGAAUCAUUGGGCUCCAAAUUAGCUGUGUGAUCUUGGGCCAAGUCCCUUAACUUCAGGCCUCAAUUUCCUCAUCUUUAAAGCAAAAAAGUCUUCCUAGAUUUGUAGUCCCUUCUCUAAAUUCUGUGAUCUUCAGUGACCUACCCAUGGUCACAAAGCUGAUAGUAAAUGGAACCAGGAUUCAUAAACAGGUCUUCUAGAUUCCAAAUUCAGUGCUCCACUACUCCUGCUGUCUUCUCUUUUCAGGCCAUUCUUGUCUCCCUCCUUUGCCCAUUGAAGGUCUUUUUUCACUAAUGAAGUCUAUGAUGUUUUACUUGGA